AUGCUGCACGGGUUUCGGUUAGUCGGAUCCGCUCAUGGGAGGCGAGAGUUUCACGGGGGCGUUGGUGUGGGAUGGCUGGCGGUGAUGGCAUCAGCAUUAGACUGCUCCGUUGCUACAGCUUUCUGUGCCUUCUGGUGGAAGGGUGCUGAAGGAAGGAACGUUAGAGUAGGCAAGCAAGCGGCGGAGAGUGACUCGCCAGAUUCGCGUUCCAAGAGCGACGUUGAUCCGCGUCUGGCUCUCCGGAAUCGAGGCGAGGACGUUGACGGGGGCGACCAGGCACGCAUCGAGAGCGACGUCAACGCUUUCGAAGAGGAGGAUGACGAGGAUGUGGGCGACGCGAUGCGCGCGAUGUUCGAAACCAACACGAACCGCGAGAACGCUGAUGUCCCAACCAAUGGAGAGGAGAUGCGCGUUUCCGCGGGAGUAUUCAGGAGUUUGCUUAAGUCGCAAGACGAGAGCGCGAAGAAGGUUGCCCGCUUGGAAACCUUGCUUUUGGAGGCACUGGCGAAGUCCGAUGGGGGAUCUCGUCGCCGCAAAGCAGAGCGGCAGAGGGAGCCGGGACAGGGAUGCAUGAACCCAAAGCGUCAGCGUUGUGGCGAGGCUGUGGCUGAGGUUGAGGACGAUGACGAUGAGGUGGACGACGACGACGACUUCGAGGACGUGGCACAGAUUCGCACGCGGCGCAAACAUAUGCGGUCUGCGAAGUCGCCUGUUCUGCAACGCGCACUUGAUCUGCUGCCAGCAGACAAGGCUUGGAAGUGUUUGCGGUGGUUCCUGACUUGUGUGCAGCGACUAUGCGAGUUGGUCCGCGUGCAGCUGUUCCUGAAGAAGCCGGCCGCAACCAUGACUUUCUAUCCGAGCUCUGACGACAAGACUUAUGGCGUCUGCGCAGUGCUUGACCGCCUGCCGCAUAGCUUCGCGUGUCUCGCGCUGGCAGCGGACAAGUCCCGACGGGCGGACCUUAACAAGACGCUGAGCGAGUGGAAGACAAGGGCUGCAGCACGGGUCCGGGACAUUGCGCUCCCGAAGCUUGGAUUCUUCCGGGACGAGCGCGACGAGGCAAGCCCGUGGGCAAGGGACAACGCACGGACGCUGGAGCAGAUUCGCGAGCGCAUUGGGCUCGGAGCGGAUGAGAGCGAUGAUCUGGUGUUGAGCAACUGGGCUAACGACCGCGACGGGAUGCCCUUUGGUUCUGCGGCGUUUGCGGCGUGCGUUAAGGCUGCCUUCAUUCCGAAGAAGGCUGCACUGCCGCUCACUUUGAAGGUGUACCACCUUGCGUGGCUAGAGCACGUGGUGUCCGACAGCAUCAUGUACUGGGAGCAGAGGAUGGGCCGUCUCUCUAACUCGGCGGGGGGGAACGGCCACGUGGUGAACGGGCUCAAGGUGCUUGUGAAGGGCUCCGUUUCACAGGCCAUCCGUCACUUCAAUCCAGAGUACGACGAGGAGAAAGAGGAGUGGAUAUGGGGACGCCAUGGCCUCCGCCUUUCUGCAUGUGGGCUUGAGAGCAUGAAGCCCAAUGCAGGCGCUAGCGGAGGAGACGCCGCCGGGAACGAUGUGCAGUCGGUGUCUGUCGGGGGUGUGUAG